AUGAGGCACAGCCCCGUGGCUCUCUCGGUCGCACCAGCUCCUCACCCCCCGGGGACUGCCAGAGGGAGGGGAGUCCAGUUGCCUCAACUUCGCCGCCAGGCGCCGCCGCGCUGGGAGGGCGCUGUGCCUCUGCGCCCGGCCUGGCCACACCCCGCGCUCCCCCGCGCUCCCGGGGGUGGAACCGGCGCCUGGCGCGGCCAGGGCCUGCCCGCCCCCGGCCUCCCGCACUGUCGGCCCCCGCGGCUCGGCCCCGCGCAGACGCUCGGCCGGAUCUCGGGGCCCGGCCGCGCGCGCGCGCGCGCGCGCGCGCGCCCGCUGCUCAGACUGGGCGACCGGCGAGAAGGCGGCGCCGCGGCCCGGCUGGAGUCGGCGAGAGCUGCAGAGCCCGGGGUCCGGCCACGAGCGGCGGCCGCGAGCUCAGAGUCCCGGACGCGCAAGGAGGAAACCAUCGAGGCUCACCGGGGCGAGAGAAGCUGUCCCGCAGCAGGCGAUCCAGGCCCACGCCCCUCACCCGCCGUGAGGUGUGAACAAGGUCUAGGGGUCCCCGUCGGGAUUGGAGAGCCAAACCGCGGCGGAGUGUCCCCCGCCGCCUCCCCUGGCUCAGUGGGAAAAUGCAAGCGCGCCGGGGGAACCUUCACUUCGACGGAGGCAGAGCGGGGAGCGCGUGUCAGUGCGUGCGUGAGAGAGAUACAUACACAUCAGGAGAAAGUGUCUGACCUGAACGUGUCCGCGACCAACUCGAGUUGAGUCCCCGGGGGGGGGGGGUUAUCUGCGGAGACCCGGAGGAGGAAGGGGUCAAAGCCGACUAGGCGCCCUGACCAGGUGAGGCCAAAGUUAGGAAGGGCCUAACGCCUGUAGCGGGCGGAGGUGGUCCGGGCCCAGGCUGCUGCGGGCUCGCGCGCCCGCACCCGCAGCCACCCGGCCCACGCACACCUGGCACUUCUCAACGCCCCCGAAAGUCGCAACUCGGGCACGCCUCCGCGGGGUCUCUUCCGGGAAACGCAGGCAGCGGG